UGAAUACUGAAAUAUGAGAUUAAUAACUUUGUACUUAGCUUUUCCAUUUAUACUUGUGGUGUUUGCUGUUGUAACUGAGGGCAACAAGAACGAAACCUGUGUACCAACACCCGGUUCGAAGUAUGUAUUUUGCGGUCAGAUGAGAAAGACAUCCAAGAAGGCGCGAGAAAUAUGUAAAAGAAUUGGAGGGAAUCUGGCAAGUAUAAAUUCUGACGACGAUCAGAGAGAUGUGGAAAAAGCAAUGGGAUCAAAACCAAAUUGUGAUAAACUUGGCGGUGGUUCGCGCGACCUCGUAUAUAUUGGCCUAAGCGACAGAGAAGACGAUGGUAAGUGGAUAUGGGAAAAUGGGAAACCUUUGCUGAAAACCGGAUUUACAAAUUGGUUCAAACAGACCGGAUUUUGUAAACAGCAACCAAACGGGAACUGUGUGAGAGGUGGAAAAAACAUUCCCGAUCAAGAUUACACCGCAAUACAACGUUGUGAAGGAAUUUCGUAUGGACGUUGGUUUGACGUAAUCGGCGAUAGAGCACAUGCAUUUAUAUGUGAAAUUACAGAACAUAGCAAAAAUGACAAUAAAGCAGGAUAUGAUAUUUUUUCAACAACUGAACCACAAACUCAAUCACGUUAUUUUCAAAGUUCUGGAACUAUGUCCAGAUCAUAUGAGACAUCAGUCAGCGUUAGAUAUUUUAAUCAUACUAAAGAAUCCAGCAUCCCUCUUUAUGUUUCACCGACAACUUCUCAACAAACAAUGAAAUCAGCAUUUCAAAUGGGCGCCGAUAACAGAAGAAAUUUAGAAACAACAAGCGUAAUAAUCGAUCAAAAACCAAGAGACGCAGAAGAUAGAAAAUUGUACAGCAGACCAAACGUUGCCUCUACACAUGACAUGCCGGUCUCUGGAAGAUCGUCUCCUGACCAUAUAAGCCCAACUACUUCUUUCUCAAAAAUUGAUGAUGAAAAAGUAUUUGAAGUCAGUUAUAGAAGGAUUUUAAAUUUUGAUAACUCGAAAACUUCCAUCGAUAAAAGAACAGAUGCUACACCCGGAAGUUCUGUAAAGAAUUCAAAAAAUUCAGUGGAAAGCGGAAAUAGUUUUGAAUCAUGGUCUACUACUGCCAGUACCCGGCAAACGACCUCUUUUGGUGAAACUAACAAUGAAGUAACUGGAGUCGGUAGUAGAAGGAUUAUAAAUUUUGAUAACUCGAAAACUUCCAUCGAUAAAAAAACAGAUGCUACACCCGGAAGUUCUGUACAAAAUUCAAAAAAUUCAGUGGAAAGCGGAAAUAAUUUUGAAUCAUCGUCUACUACCGCCAGUACCCGGCAAACGACCUCUUUUAGUGAAACGAACAAUAAAGAAACUAAACAACCUGAUAACGCGAUACAAUUUUCUACUCCUAAUGUAGGAAAUACUGAACAAGCAGGAGGUGACAGUCAUGUUGAAAAAUCUGAAGGAUCAGUGGAAGACAUGUUGGAGUGCCUCAUCCUGAGCUUACAGACUGAUGAAAUGUCCAGAGAUCUUUUCAGCAAAAGAUGCCCUGGGUCAUCCACUCGAUUCAUAUUGAAUUCAAAUCCUAUUGAAAUUUUCGAAGAAACUGUUGCCCUCCCGUUUGCUAAAUUGAUAAUGAAAAGCAAUAUCAAUAGCCCAAUCAGCGCUAAAACACCAGGAAUAGACAUGACAAUAACUCCUGUACGUCAGAUGCAGAGAUCAUCAGAUUUACACGUCAGUUUUACAUCAGAGGAAAGUUGCAAAACUUGCGAUUCAGUAACGGUGGAUGGAAGCGAUUUCUACCAAGAAGAUCGCAGCGCCGUCCUGGUGAGCGCCAUACUAAAAAAGAAUUUGCUGAAGUCUAGCGGUGUUUAUGAUUAUAAAUACGUCAAAGAAAAGGGUAAAAAAAAUUCUUACUACAACACCGCAGAUUUUAUUGAAGAAUCUACUUCUGUUAUGUCUGUUACCCUUUUUGUGAGCAACAAAACGAAAGACGGAGAUUCUGUAUCGCCCCUUAGUGUGUCAACUUCUAUGGUGUUUGACAUAAGAAACGACACUUCUGAAGUUUUGUUUCAAAAUCAGGGAAGACAGGUGAUCAGUGCGAAUCGUAAAUGUGUGUUUUAUAGCAAUGCAGAAAAAGCUUGGUCAGAUUAUGGAUGUACAACAAUAUAUUCCAACGACGGAGGGGUGCGUUGUGAAAGUAACCACACAACAAUAUUUGCGGUGAUGGUUUCCAUUCGGAGUUUUGAAUUGCCAGCUUGGUUGAAAAUCUUUCUUCUGUUUAUAGAAAUCAUUGGUAUCGUGUUUCUUUGUACAACACUAUGUGUAUUGAUUUGGUUGCGACGGAAUCUAAGAAAAGAUCGAGUGCUAACGCAAAUAAAUCUUACACUUUCAUUGAUUCUUCUCCACGUAUCUAUGCUCAUUGCAGGGCAGGUUCAUCGCAUUGAAGGAUUAUGUGUAACGAUGACACUACUCUCCCAUUUUUUCUUAAUAUCUUCGGCAAUGUGGAUGAUUAACGAAGGAUGGGUGUUGUAUAAGAAAACAUGCGGAUCUGCUCUCAAUUUUGACAUCACUAAGCUACGACGAUGGCUUUUGUUGACGGGUUGGAUUAUCCCUCUCCUAUACGUACUAAUUUGUUUAGGUAUUGGAUUAGGACUUGAGAUUUAUAUAGAUACAUCAAAAGGAUACCAAGCUACGGUCGAGAGACAAAAUCAAAUUGAAAAAGUGAACAAGUAUGAUCGGUGCUGGCUCGGCACAGAAACCCUGAUGGUUCUCUCUUCAAUUGUACCUCUCUCCCUGGCCUUGAUAGUCAGUGUGUAUUUCAUAGUUCGUGUGUCACGGGUAAUUUGGUUCAUGAAUGUACAUUCACGUGACAUGAGACCUUCUGAUGCAGCUGCCAAACGAGAACCUCUUCAAGCAACUCUCCGCGCAGUUGCUCUUCUUCUACCAGUGUUAGGAAUUCCGUGGAUUCUCGCUUUCUUUGUCAAUAUACCUGGGGCAGAGGUCGCAUUUGCUGCAAUACACGGCGUGGCCAAUGGACUGCAAGGCGUGUUUUUAUUUGCAAUAUAUAUUGUAACGAAUGGCGAAGCUAGAACGACUGCGAAACGACGGGUUUCCAGAAAAUCGAUGUCGUCUUCACUCAGUUUCAGCUUCUCUGUAUCAUCUUCUGCUCUUUCAGUCAAGAAAGGAAAAUCGCAUAAAGGAAAGUCUGGAACAUACAGCGAAAACCAUACAACAGAAACUGGCAAUGACUCGUAAUACUUAUUUCUAAUAUUGACUUCUACCUCUAGAUAUUUUUUUAUUUCGAUUAAAAUUUGAUACAGGCUGAUGAAAGUCUGAUUAAAAAGAAAAUGCAAACAGUCUCCGGUGUACGUAUGUACACUAACUUUAGAGCAAUAGCAUACAGACACACACCAGUAAAACAGCUGGAAAAGAAACUGUAACUGAACUGUAAAAUUUUUACGUUACAGAAUUGAAAAUUAUACACAACUGGAAAGAAAAGACGAAAAAUUGUUUACAUUAUACUAUAAAGAGUUAUUACAAUGCUCUAUGAAAACAUUGUCUGGUAUUAUUCAGUUGUUUUAAAAGUACUGUUAAUAUUUGUAUAUAUAUGUAUAUAUGAUGUACAGAUUUACUUCUCAUUGCAUUCGUUUGUCUCAUUUAAUUUUUUGUCAUUCGUGAAAAACACCUAACCAAUCGUGAUUGGGAUU